AUGCUAACGUCGUUACAGUAUGUAUCAUCGUACAGCGUCUUCAACCCUCUCGAGGAUCACACCAGGCGCACGAACGGUGGCCUUGAACUGGGCAUGGCCGGCCCUUCAAGCCGAUCCAACGAUGAUCGCGUCAAUGGAGGUCAAUCCCGCGCCCCAGGUUUCGCUUCUCAUAUUGAAAGAUUGCGUGUAAAGAACAACGAGAAUGUACGCACAGUCUUUGCAGCAGGCUCCGGCGUGAAGAGCGCCCCUUCUGGUAGCGACACCAUAGUGGAAGACAACGACUACAAUAAGUACCAAUACGACUACUACAAUUACGACUGCGACGACAAAAACGAUGGUGACUACGAAGACGACGGCGAAGAACAAGACGACGGCGACGACGAACAAGACGACAACUUCAACGACGGCCAACAGGACGUCACUUUAGAAAGCUACGACGGCUACGGCAAACAACAAGAAGAUGAAUCUGGAUAUGUUGUUACUGACAUGCAAGGCCGUCUUUGGUUUCAACCCUGGGCACUUCCAAAGCUUAGACGCCAAAGGCACAUCCUUGAUUGGCAUGGUCGCAAUGAGGCAUACGAACCUCUCUGGGCCGACAGCGAGCUAGAAGAUGCCUAUUGCACGGCAAUUGAGAAGGUCUCUGAUUUCAACAACCUUCCUCUUUGGUCAGCCGUUGACUCGAUGAAGAACGACAAGAAUGGCACAGAGGAAACCGACGACGACACUAAAUUCGACCUACUUCAAGACAAGGCCGUCUACACUACUGUUGAUGAAGUUGUAUUCAAAGAGGCUCAAGACAAGUUCAUCUACAUCCGAAAACACUUGUCCAGCCUUGACGACGUCAAGCGAUUUCUCAAGUCAGCCAAUACCGCAAACAUUGAAAUCUACAAAAAGAUUGUAGAACCGAACUCAUGUCAUGUCUCUAGUAACGACGGCUUUCACGACGGCUAUUAUGUCAUCGAAGGCUUUAGCAUGUCGUUCUGGACGAAAAGGCCGAAACGUUUUUACCUGAGUACCCUGAUAACCGAUACGAUGCUGAACAGAUGUAACGAUCCCAUAAGUAGAUCGUUACACUUGCGAUUAUACCGACAGGAUCGACUGGGCAUUGUAAUCGCGAGAGCAGCUAUUGGAUCCAGCAACAUCGUUUUGCAAGAACUCUUGCGGCGUUUGGAUUUCAAGCAACCUUAUAUACAUCUUCGACUACAAACAGCACUGGUAGACUUAGUUAGACUCCUCUACGUCAACUCUCAGCUGCUACAGUAUAGCAUACGUCUAACAAUAAUCUAUGAGCCAUGCAUUGAUAGGACAUGGAACGCUAUGCUAUUGCGAGUAGCUAUAGCUGAUAAGGGAUUGAUGAAUGGCUCCUAG